AUGGUCGGCACCAUCCUAAGCGCCCUCGCUCAUGUAGAGGCAACCCACAUACCAAUUCAAGCAUGGAAGAACAUGCAUGCUACAUUUCCGCAUGUGGAAAACAAGAACCAGAAUUUCAUGUGUUGGGAACUCGAUAUCCUUCGGUUCUUGACUGGUAUGGUCGGUGUAUCCGUAGACGACUUCUUCGCAGUCAUACUAUCUGGUGGAUAG